ACAUCAUAGAAGCCGACAAGAGUUACAAGUUCAAGAAGUUGUGUCCUUCUUUUCUUCUGCCACAUGGUUGUCAUCAGGAGAACAAGAUCAGGAACAUUUCAGUAUUGAGAGAACUGGGCAUGCCUCAGAAGUUGUUGUUCUCACUGCUAACAUCCAAAGUCCUGCUUGUAUGUGGGAAAGACAAGUUUGAAGAGUCACUCAAGAAGGUCAUUGAGAUGGGAGUGAGGUGGAGGGGGAGGAGGAGGAGGAGAAGAAG